AUGUUCGAUAGUGAAAGUUUUGCUAUUAGAAAUUCUCAUAAAUCAUUUAUUUCAGGAAAGAAUUACGAAGAUGUACAAUCCUAGGCAUCAUCCCCUCACAAACUCACAAGGAUUAACGACUUAAAAAACCAAGUGGAAAACUAUUUAGAUAUGCUGGAAUCCAAAGUAACUAUGGUGAAGGAGAGGGCUCUUUCUGAAUUCGUUAUAGCAUAUAAUGGUUAUAUGAGAUAGGUGAAGGAAGACUUGAAGUAUUUAAAGGAGAAGAGUGUGGAGAUGGAGAGAUAUUACAAAGAUAACAAGCGCAUUCAAAAUAUGGAGUAAUAAUUAGAGUGGUUCAGAGAAGAGAGUGUUAAACUCUAUACUAAGAUCGAAGUAAAAAACAAAGAUAUCUUUGAAUUGAAAUUUAGAUUGCAGGAGGUCCAAAAAGAAAAUGAGUUCCUUGAAGAAUAAAUAAAAUAAUUGAUGAGAAAGAAUAAGAAAUACGAAGUUAUAAGACAUACAACGAGUGUUGUUACAGAGUAAGCAGAAUAGAUCAAAGAAUAAUAAUUAUUUUGCACUUAGCCUAGGCCAAAAAGAAUUAUGUCAGGCUAAGCACAGCCAAAACAUCUGAAAUAAUUAUAAGAUAUUUUUGAUAGAGUAUCCAACGAUGAUUAGAAUUAAAUCAUAAAUGAAAUAGCCUAGUAUGUUUCAUUUAUUGAAAACUCCUAGACCAAGUAGAUUCAAUUAUUACGUUAGAAAAUGAAUUAAGCAAUCUGUUAGUCGACUAAAGCAUUUGCAACAAGGAGUGAGUAUGAAGAGUUUUUUAUUGAUUGUGUUGAGUAAGUUCGAAAAGAUAUUAUGCGCCGUCGUUAGAAUGCACAAGUUGAUAAUAAAUUUUCGGAUUUUAAUGUUUUUAGAAAAGAGGAUAAAUUCAAAGUCUUAGAAUUGGUAUUAAUGAAUGAGAAACUGUUACAAACUUUACAUCAGAAACUAUUUCCAACUUCUCAUGUUGCAUAAUUGUUGGAACCUACUACAAUCUAGACCGAAUAUCAGGAUAUUUUACACUAAAUUGAUAAGAAACGAAGCUUUUCUACUAAAGACAGGAUGAUCAUCAAAAAAGGAAAGUUGUUGUAUAAAUGA